AUGCGCUCCAUGAAGGCGCUGCAGCAUGCGCUGAGCAGGGCCGGCAGUCACUGCUGGAGGGGAGACUGGGGUCACCUGAGCCGGAGCCCCCUCCUGCGCGGGGGCGUCCGGCACCACCUCGGUGAGGCCGCGGCGCGGGGCAGGGAGACGCCGCCCAGCCACCAGCCGCAGCGCCCGGAUCAUGAUUCGUCCGAGAGUGGCAUGCUGUCCCGCUUGGGUGAUCUGCUCUUCUACACCAUUGCUGAGGGACAGGAACGAAUCCCUAUCCACAAGUUCACUACUGCACUGAAGGCUACUGGACUGCAGACGUCAGAUCCCCGGCUCCGGGACUGCAUGAGCCAGAUGCGCCGCAUGGUUCGAGAGUCCAGCAGUGGUGGCCUCUUGGACCGAGAUCUCUUCCAAAAGUGUGUGAGCAGCAACAUUGUGCUCCUGACCCAGGCAUUCCGAAAGAAGUUUGUCAUUCCUGAUUUUGAGGAGUUCACGGGCCAUGUGGAUCGCAUCUUUGAGGAUGCCGGAGAGUUCACUGGAGGCAAAGUGGCAGCCUACAUCCCUCAGCUGGCCAAGUCAAAUCCAGACCUGUGGGGCGUCUCCCUGUGUACUGUGGAUGGUCAGCGGCACUCUGUGGGCCACACGAAGAACCCCUUCUGCCUUCAGUCCUGUGUCAAGCCCCUCACCUACGCCAUCUCCGUUAGCACCCUGGGCACUGACUACGUGCACAAGUUUGUGGGCAAGGAGCCCAGUGGCCUGCGCUACAACAAGCUCUCCCUCAAUGAGGAAGGAAUCCCCCAUAACCCCAUGGUCAAUGCUGGCGCCAUUGUUGUGAGCUCCCUGAUCAAGAUGGACUGUAAUAAAGCAGAGAAGUUUGAUUUUGUGUUGCAAUAUCUGAACAAAAUGGCUGGGAAUGAAUUUGUGGGUUUCAGCAAUGCCACAUUCCAGUCGGAGAAGGAAACGGGGGAUCGGAAUUAUGCCAUCGGCUAUUAUCUAAAGGAAAAGAAGUGCUUUCCUAAGGGGGUGGACAUGAUGGCUGCGCUAGAUCUCUACUUCCAGCUGUGCUCCGUGGAGGUGACCUGUGAGUCAGGCAGUGUCAUGGCAGCUACCCUGGCCAAUGGUGGGAUCUGUCCCAUCACAGGAGAGAGCGUACUGAGCGCUGAAGCUGUACGCAACACCCUCAGCCUCAUGCACUCCUGCGGCAUGUAUGACUUCUCGGGCCAAUUUGCCUUCCACGUGGGCCUGCCAGCCAAGUCAGCUGUGUCAGGAGCCAUCCUUCUGGUGGUACCCAAUGUCAUGGGGAUGAUGUGUCUCUCACCGCCACUGGACAAGCUGGGGAACAGCCACAGGGGCAUCAGUUUCUGCCAGAAGUUGGUGUCUCUCUUCAAUUUCCACAACUAUGACAACCUGAGACACUGUGCUCGAAAGUUAGACCCACGGCGUGAAGGGGGAGAAGUUAGGAACAAGACGGUGGUAAACCUGUUAUUUGCUGCCUAUAGUGGAGAUGUCUCAGCCCUUCGAAGGUUUGCCUUGUCAGCCAUGGACAUGGAACAGAAAGACUAUGACUCCCGCACAGCCCUGCAUGUUGCUGCAGCUGAAGGACACAUUGAAGUUGUGAAAUUUCUGAUCGAGGCUUGCAAAGUGAAUCCUUUUGUCAAGGACAGGUGGGGCAACAUUCCCCUGGACGAUGCUGUACAGUUCAAUCACCUGGAGGUGGUGAAACUGCUUCAAGAUUACCAGGACUCCUACACACCCUAUGAGAACCAGGCUGAAGUAGCAGCUGAGGCUCUGUCUAAAGAGAACUUAGAGAGCAUGGUGUGA